ACAAUGAGACUGCUGUGUACACUCUGAUGCCAAUGGUCAUGGCUGACCAGCACAGAUCAGUGUCAGAGUUGCUACUCAACUCUAAGUUUGAUGUGAACUAUGCUUUUGGACGCGUAAAGAGAAGCUUGCUGCACAUCGCUGCCAACUGUGGGUCAGUGGAAUGUCUGGUUCUGCUCCUGAAGAGGGGAGCCAACCCAAACUACCAGGACAUCUCAGGCUGUACCCCUCUGCACCUCGCUGCCAGGAAUGGACAGAAGAAGUGCAUGGCUAAAUUAUUGGAAUAUAAUGCUGAUGUCAACAUCUGCAACAACGAGGGACUGACUGCUAUCCACUGGUUGGCAGUAAAUGGGCGAACAGAACUCCUGCAUGAUCUGGUCCAGCACGUCUCCAAUGUGGACGUGGAGGAUGCCAUGGGGCAAACAGCACUGCAUGUAGCAUGUCAGAAUGGCCACAAAACGACGGUGUUGUGCCUUCUUGACAGUGGAGCGGACAUCAAUCGGCCAAAUGUCUCUGGAGCCACACCUCUUUACUUUGCCUGCAGCCAUGGCCAAAGAGACACCGCACAGAUCCUGCUCUCUCGAGGUGCCAAAUACCUCGCUGACAAGAAUGGAACCACUCCUCUGGAUCUCUGUGUGCAGGGUGGGUAUGGGGAAACCUGUGAGAUUCUCAUCCAGCAUCAUAGCAGGCUGUUCCAGACGCUCAUCCAGAUGACACAGAAUGAAGACAUGAAAGAGAACAUGCUUCGGCAGGUUCUGGAGCACGUCUCUCAGCAGAGUGACAGUCAUUACCACAGGGUCUUGAUAAGUCUCGCAGAAGUGGCGACCACCAACGGUCACAAACUUCUCAGCCUGUCCAGUAGUUAUGAAGCUCAGAUGAAGAGUCUGUUAAGAAUCGUGCGUAUUUUCUGCCACGUGUUUCGCCUUGGUCCUUCAUCCCCCAACAAUGGCAAUGACAUGGGAUACAAUGGCAACAAGACACCUCGCAGUCAGGUCUUUAAGCCCUUGGAGCUGCUUUGGCACUCUCUGGAUGAGUGGCUGGUGCUUAUUUCUAAGGAGCUCGAAAGGAGCAGGAAAAACCCAUCUUCCUCCUCUUCUAGCACAGAGAUAGCAUCUCUUCUUCUGAAGCAGCGGGAGUCUGACCCAUCUGACUCCACGUCAAAGCUCUCCUCUUUCCUGGAUAACCAGAUCGUCAUGGAGGAGGCCUACGCUGAUGGGGAAGACGUGAUUUCCAUGACAGCCAAUCGACUUAGUGCUGUUAUCCAGGCCUUCUAUAUGUGCUGCUCAUGUCAGAUGCCACAAGGAAUGACUUCACCUCGUUUUAUAGAGUUUGUUUGCAAGCACGAUGAGGUGUUGAAGUGUUUUGUAACCAGGAAUCCAAAAAUCAUCUUUGACCAUUUUCAUUUUCUGCUCGAGUGUCCAGAGUUGAUGUCACGCUUUAUGCACAUCAUUAAAGGCCAGCCCUUCAAGGAUCGCUCUGAGUGGUUCUACGAGCAUCUGCUGGCCGGCCAGCCAGACUCAGACAUGGUCCAUCGUCCAGUUAACGAGAGUGACAUCCUGCUCAUCCGCAGAGACUCAAUAUUUAGGAGUAGCUGUGAGAUGGUUUCCAAGUUGACCAAUGAAAAACUGAAACAAGGCAUUGCUGUUCGCUUUCAUGGCGAGGAGGGAAUGGGUCAGGGUGUGGUCCGGGAAUGGUUUGACAUCCUAUCCAAUGAGAUCAUCAAUCCCGACUACGCUCUGUUUACUCAGUCAGCUGAUGGCACAACUUUUCAGCCCAACAGCAAUUCAUCAGUGAACCCGGACCAUCUGAACUACUUUCAGUUUGCUGGGCAGAUUCUGGGCCUGGCUCUUUAUCAUCGACAGCUGGUUAACAUUUACUUCACCCGCUCUUUCUACAAACACAUACUGGGGAUCCCAGUGAACUACCAAGAUGUUUCGUCCAUUGAUCCAGAGUAUGCAAAAAACUUGCAGUGGAUCUUGGAUAAUGACAUCAGUGAUCUGGGUCUGGAGCUCAGCUUUUCUGUAGAGACAGAUGUGUUUGGAGCAAUGGAAGAAGUACCCCUCAAACCUGGUGGGAGCAGUAUCCUGGUCACACAAGAUAACAAGGCGGAGUACGUUCAGCUGGUGACAGAGUUAAGGAUGACACGAGCCAUCCAGCCUCAGAUAAACGCCUUCCUUCAAGGAUUCCACACCUUCAUCCCACCAUCUCUCAUUCAGCUUUUUGAUGAAUAUGAAUUGGAGCUCCUGCUGUCAGGGAUGCCAGAGAUCGAUGUGGAGGAUUGGUACAGGAACACUGAGUACACCAGUGGGUAUGAUCUUCAGGAUCCAGUGAUUCAGUGGUUUUGGGAGGUGGUGAGGAGCCUGACCCAGGAAGAAUGUGUUCCACUGCUCCAGUUUGUUACCGGAAGUUCCAGGGUUCCUCAUGGUGGUUUUGCCUAUCUGAUGGGUGGCAGUGGUUUACAGAAGUUUACGAUUGCUGCAGUGCCAUACACAUCCAACCUCCUGCCUACCUCCAGUACCUGCAUCAACAUGUUGAAACUCCCAGAAUACCCAAGCCAGGAGGUUCUGAGAGACAGGCUGCUGGUUGCACUGCACUGUGGGAGCUAUGGGUAUACUAUGGCCUAAACGUCCCAUUGUUCCUAUUGCUGUGAGGAUCUCCACUCUGUCUGCUGCUGCUCCCACUAAACAAAUAAGGGAUUAUUAUUGUUGUUUUUUUAGAGGUUUUGGAGAAAUGCACUAAACACCAAACAGACUGCAGGUUCUACAUUUAUCUGUGCCAGGAUUUUAGUUUUUUGAUAGAAGCAGGAAUCUGGUCAUUCAUGCAAACAAUAAUUUACGGUAUUUUAUUGAGACAGAUUCUCAUAGAUCUGAAAAGUAUUAACAUUUAUACAAAAACUUUCAAUUUCAAAUACACAAAAUAGGAAAACUAGCAUUCCUUAAAUGAAUGCACAUUGCUUGCUGCCUUGCAUACCAAAGUUUAAACAAAUAUAUUGAGGCCAUCUGUUAGCCCUAAGAGUAUGCAUUGUGAAUGAUUAUGUACUGUAGAUACUGAGCUAAAAUUUGAUUUGGUAGUAACAAAGUUUGAUUUAUUGUUAUUUUUGUGUUUGCUAAUGUUGCACACAGAAGCAAUUUUAUGAUUGCCUGACUUUCAUGGCAGUGGCCAAAAAUCCGUGAAAUUCUAGCUUUUUGAAAGUGAUGUUUCUGUUUGCUUUCUUAGUAGUCUUAAGAAUUUAUCAUCUUUAUCUAUUCAGUGUUUCAAAAUCAAUUAUUUCAAAAGUAAUCAUCAAAUCAACUUGAUAUAAUGGAAGAAAUCUGGAUUUUUGUUUUUGCUAGUAAUUUGCCCAUCCUUGUGUCCUCUGAUUAUUUUAAUUUAGGACCAGGUUUUUGGUAAGGGUAUAACAAUACAUUAAUCCACAUCAAUAGGUUGAUUAACAGAUAAAUGAUUCAAUUGUAUCAAGGCAAAACGUAAACAUUUAUCCAUAUCGUCAUCAUCAUGCUCUAUGUGAAUCAAUAUAAUAUGCCCAUCUAACACGAUCAUUUGUGUUAGAUGGGCAUAUGAUAUCUCAUCAUCAUAUUGAUGGCAGAUUUGUGAAUUGAUCUGAUUUGAAAUCGUAUCAUGACCCCCUGUGAUAACGAAGAAACAUUGUAUCGUCAUCCAAACAAAUCAACAUAUCGUAUUAAGAUAAAUCUGUUGACUUUACACCCCUAGUUCUUGGUGUUAUCAGCUGUUGUUCGAGCUUCAGAAACCACUUCUUCUCAUGUCUGGAAAGAAUCCAGGCUUAACUAGUUAUUGUAACACAUUUUGUUUCAUUGUGUAAAAAUUGAUGGAUCAUUUUGCUUACAUACCGUGAAAUCUAAAAGAAAAAUUGCCAAAAUAAUGCAGUGACUUUACAUUCAAACUUGAUCGCUGAUAGCUUCAUGACGACUUUUGCACUAUAUUUGGGUCCUACUCUCAUUAAACCUCAAAAGUACUGUUUAACACUGUACCAUUCUAAAUGACUUCAUCCAGUACCAAAGUUGUGAACUUUAAUUUUUUAAGGAACAAUUUUCCUGUUAUUACAAAUUAUUUCAACCUCCUGGGGUCUUGUAUGUAGGGAUGCAACAAUACCAGUAUGAGGUAUAAGUCUGAUAUUGUGUGUGUACUUGUACACAAUAAUUAUAAGUUCUGAUGCCACUUUACCUGACUGCUCAGCUGAGAGGCAUAACGUUCACCAGUGGAGCAGUCAAGUGGUAGAGGAGCCCUGUCAGCUGUGUUUAGGCAAGUUUGUUUUUAUUUCUGAUCCAAACCCCUUACCAGUUGGCAGUGGCAAUGCUCUGUAAAGUUGAUUAUUAAAAGAAGUCAUCAUAUGGAGGAAUUUCAAAGUGACCAAUGAGGACAAAGAUAAAUGGACUGUAGAUUCUGCUCAGCAAAGCUACCAAGAGAAGAGAUAAUUUUACAAGCAAUUUGAUAAAACAUAAAAAAAAAAUCACAGCUCUGAGUUUAAAGAGGUUGU